AUUUGCUUUAACUGUCGAGUCACUCAAACUCCACUCUGGCGAAGGACUCCAGACCGCCAACAUUCCCUUUGUAAUGCCUGUGGUCUUUACUACAAGCAAUAUGGUGCCCACCGUCCUCUGAACGUGCGCCAUAAGCUACCCACUGUCUUGGCUGAUCCCCGGGCCCAUGCCCUGCCUUAUGGUCGUUCGUCCACUCGUAGUUCCUCCCCCUCAGGUCCAGAGUCCUCUGCGUCCUCUGAUAGCGAUUCAGACUCGUGUAUUGAGUGUGCCAAUUGCUCUCAAACCCAAACCCCUCUCUGGCGCAAGAACGAGGCUGGAGAGCCUAUUUGCAAUGCCUGCGGACUCUAUGCCAAGCUUCACAAGCGUGCGCGUCCUGUUACGAUGCGCAAAUCCAAGAUCACACGUCGUCGUCGU